GUUAAAUCUUCAUCUAUGUAAAAUUGUGUGCCUUUGAGAAACAUUUUGUUCCUUUGGAUAAUUUGGGGCAUCAAUGAUGAUUAGAAGAAUGAAGACAAAUUUUAUAUAAAAAUGUGUGCAAGCAAAUCAAAUGGGAAAUGGACGGUAAGCAAAUCUCACCCCUAAACAUAUGUGAACAAAAGGUGCUUCCCAAGGAUAGGUCUUAACGCCGAAAGAAAGCCAGUUCUCCAAGCUUGACAAAGCAUCGCCAGAUCUUCUAGCUUGUUUGGUUCACAUAAGAGUAGUCGGGGCCAGAUUAUGGGGGAGAUAGCAUCUUGAGCGUGGGACGCCGAGCGGAGACAUCGGUUGGGCGGGCAAAGUUGGAAAUCUAUAAGUAAUGAGGGUAGCGUGCGUGGAACGCAGUGCAACGCCAACAAAGUGAACGCUUAAUAAUUAUAAGGUGGGAAGGAAAGGUCUGUGUCUGCAAGCCCCCUGUCAGUGUAAAGUGUCAGCGUUUGGAAGGAGGAAGUAGUUUUUUUAGUACUGUGAUGGAUCCAAACUCCAAAUCCCUCCACUCCACAGUUGACCAAGAUGACAAUGUUGACGAAUGGGAUGCUGAUGGGUUUGAGAUCCCUUGCCUAAAACUGGAUAGCCCUGGAUCAGUUGGUAGAGAAACAGGAGGAGCGAAGGAGACCAAUUUUUCUUCUCAACAGGUAAAAGCUUUAGAGGAAGAAAUUUAUCUGGGACCACAUGGGGCCCCACCUUCAGUAGUGAAACAACAAGAACAUAAUUCAGCGGGAAAGAAACAACGAUUUAAGCACAAGCUGAAGUUAGCAGACAAAAAGGGUACCAUAGGAGGACGUGAGAAUAAGGUAGAAAACUUGCGCGAGUUGAUUGGUGGUAAAGGAGGUAUGAUGGCACCCAGAGGUUCUCCUAGAGAGUGGCUUGAUCCGCAUUGCCAUGAAUCACAGUUUGAGCACUCAACCUAGUUACUUUGUAAUUCUCUUCUUCAUGUCUCUCAUCAAGUAGGCAGAGCACUCUGCCUACUUCCCUAAUUCUUUUCUUGAAUCAAGUAUGCAGAGCUCGCUGCAUGAUGAUAUAAUUUAUAUGUUUACCUAUAUUUUUUCUAUUGAAGCAAAUAUAAGAUAUCCCUACCAAUCUCCGGAGACUGUUCUCCUUUGUUUGACCUUA